UCAUUCUCUCUCUCUCUCUCUCCUUCUCUCCUCUCUCUCUAUAUACAUCUCCAUUCAUUCAUCUCUUGCCUCAUUUUCCUCUCAUUCUUCAUUCAUUGUACAGACACACAACAACAAACACAUGGCGAAUUCGUCGUCCGGAGUAGCUGUCAACGACGAGUGCAAGCUGGCCUUCCUGGAGCUGAAGGCGCGGAGGAGCCACAGGUAUGUCAUAUUCAGGCUUGAUGAUGAAAAUCAGCAGGUCGUGGUCGAUAAGGUCGGCACCCAAUCCGAGACCUACGAGGACUUCACCAAAAGCCUGCCUGACAACGACUGCCGCUAUGCUGUCUUCGACUAUGACUUCACCACCGACGAGAACUGCCACAAGAGCAAGAUCUUCUUCAUCGCCUGGUCGCCCGAUAUAGCAAAGGUGAGGACUAAGAUGCUGUAUGCAAGCUCAAAAGACAGGUUCAAGAGAGAAUUAGACGGCAUUCAGGCCGAGCUGCAGGCAACAGAUCCCAGUGAGAUGAGUUGGGACACUCUCAAAUCAAGAGCUCUUUAAAACACACAUCGAAGAGAGAUCUAUCGAUUUCUUACCAUCACUCACCUGGUC